AACCUCUGCAAAGACGCUGAUUGACAGGCCGAACAACAAAAUGACCGAAACUAACCUAUCAUGCGUCCUCUACGGCGCCGGAAAAGUCCGGUUCGAAGACCGAGCCAUCCCCCAAAUCGAAGACCCCCACGAUGUCUUGAUCCGGAUCGCGUACGUGGGCGUCUGCGGUAGUGAUGGAAGCUCCCACCCCAACCCUGUUCCCCUCCCCAGGGCUCCCCAGACAAAGAGACUAAUUCUGUAAGGUCCACUUCUGGACCCACGGCGGCAUCCUCACCAAAGUGACCCCGGAAAAGCCCCUAGUCAUGGGCCACGAAGCCUCGGGCACGAUCCACGCCGUCGGCGGCGCCGUCACGGACCUCCAGCCGGGGGACCGCGUCGCCAUCGAACCGGGCUUCCCGUGUCGGCGCUGCCGGCCCUGCAAAAUGGGGCGGUACAAUCUCUGCCCGGCCAUGAAGUUCGCGGCCGACCCGCCGGACGCGCACGGGACCCUGUGUCGGGUGUUCCGGAUGCCGGCGGACUUUGUGUACAAAAUCCCCGAUGCGCUGAGUCUGCAGGAGGCGGUGCUGGUCGAGCCGUUGGCGGUGGCGGUGCAUGCUGUUCGGUUGGCGGAGGUGCGGCCUGCGCUGCAUGUGUUGGUGCAGGGGGCCGGGACGAUUGGGUUGUUGGUUGCUGCUGUUGCAAAGGCGUAUGGGGUUACCAGGGUGGGGGUGAGUGAUGUUAGUGAGGCCAAGGUGGAGUUUGCGAGGGGGUUCUUGCCGGGUGUCACGGUGAUGCGGCCGGAUGGUGCAGACAAUGCGGAGGAGGUUGCUGCGCGGUUUAGGGGGGAGAUGGGGCUGGGUGCUCAAGGGGUGGAUGCGGUGGUCGAGUGUACGGGCGUGGAGACGGCGAUGCAGACGGGGCUGUAUGCCCUCGGGGCGGGUGGGGUGUUCGUGCAGGUCGGAAUGGGCAAGGCCCUGCAGGCGCUGCCGUUGCUGGAUAUGUUCGCCAAGGAGACGGUCUUCAGGACGGCGUUUCGCUAUGCGCCCCGUGACUAUGAGAUUGCGUUGGACUUGCUCGCUGAGGGGAAGGUCAGUGUGGCGCCGUUGAUUAGUAGUACCCUGCCGUUUGAGGAGGCGCCUGAGGCGUGGGAGAGGACGCGCAGGGGCGAGGGGAUCAAGAACCUCAUUCGGGGGGUGCUGGACUAGCUCUGGGAUAUCAAUUCACUUUCAGUCUGGCGGUAGUGGCUGAGACGGGUUCGCCGUCAUCUUGAAGUCAAGUGACCCAGAUUGUGACUUGGUUGCCGUAUUCACAUUGCGAGGAAUUGGAGCAUGGCCUAUGACAUGUUCAGACCGCAAGGGUUGAACUCAGCGAUAUGGCAUUGUUGCCUUGGAAAUGGAUUGCUGAAUGUAUUGUUAGCUAAGGCUUCCUGGGACAUGGCUUAUGACUCCUUUCUUACGCGAUAUUUUGUAUCCAUCAGAAAUUGCAGCCGCAUGAUGGUAUAACAGCGGACAACCAAUUCUUCGGAAUGCGGUGUUACUGUUACAAGAUGUCGAGGUCCUGAUAUAGC